CGAAUUUUGAGACCCACAAUGAUCUCGGUUCAUUUUGUUGUCCACGAGUCCUUCGAGGCACCCGGGGCGUAUGAGACUUGGGCAAAAGAUCGAGGACACAAUAUCUCCUAUACCCGACUUUAUCUUGGAGACACCCUGCCAGAGUGUAUCAGUUCUAUUGAUCUAUUGAUCGUACUGGGAGGCCCUCAAAGACCGUCUACGACCAAGGAAGAGUGCCCACAUUUUGACGCCGUGGCCGAACAAGAUAUGAUCAUGAAGUGUAUUGCUGGCGGCAAAGCUGUGAUCGGUAUAUGCCUGGGUGCACAGCUUGUGGGCGAGUCGUUGGGUGCGUCCUGGGAGGAAAGCCCGGAGAGAGAAAUCGGCAGUUUCCCCAUUACACUCACCGAAGCUGGACAAAUAAGUGACAAGUUCAAACACUUUGGCCCCAGCUUGCAAGUCGGUCAUUGGCAUAGUGACAUGCCCGGUCUCACACCCGACGCCAAAAUAAUCGCCUCAAGCUUGGGAUGUCCGCGACAAAUAGUCGAAUACACGAGUCUGGUGUACGGGUUUCAAUGCCACAUGGAGUUCAAUAAUGAAGUUAUUGAGGCAUUGAUAGAAGCAUCAGCGGACGAACUACCUACUCUCACGCAACAUCGCUUUGUCCAACAGGCACAGGAUCUACGAAGGAACAACUACGGGGAAAUGAAUCAGAACCUAUUUACGUUCCUGGACCGCCUUCAAGACUCAUAUGCAUGGUCUCGAAGUCAGGCUUGA